GCGUGACCGGAGGAGGCGGGAGCUCGGGACCGGCGCCUUCUCCUUGCUUUUUGGGGUCGUGGCCUUGCUCCUGCUGGGCAAGGGAAGUGUCCCGGCUCCUCCACCCGCGUGAGUGCGCGGGGGCCCUGAAGAACUCGUGGGUCCGCGCUAGGACUGCGGGGGCAGAAGCAGGAGCCAUGGGUGGGACCGCCAGCACUCGCCGGGUCACCUUCGAGGCGGACGAGAAUGAGAACAUCACCGUGGUGAAGGGCAUCCGGCUUUCGGAAAAUGUGAUCGAUCGAAUGAAGGAAUCCUCUCCAUCUGGUUCGAAGUCUCAGCGGUAUUCUGGUAUUUAUGGUGCCUCAGUUUCUGAUGAAGAACUAAAAAGAAAGGUCGCUGAGGAGCUGGCAUUGGAGCAAGCCAAGAAGGAAUCUGAAAGCCAGAAGCGACUAAAGCAAAGCAGGGACCUGGAGCGAGAGAGGGCUGAUGCCAAUGAGCAGUUGACCAGAGCCAUCCUUCGAGAGAGGAUUUCCAGUGAGGAGGAGCGUGCCAAGGCCAAGCACCUGGAUAUUGAAGACAAAGUUAAGCAGCUGGAAGAGAAAGACCGAUUGAUAAAGAAGCAGGAUGCGUUCUACAAAGAGCAGCUGGCUAGACUGGAGGAGAGGAGCUCAGAGUUCUACAAAGUCACCACUGAGCAAUAUCAGAAGGCUGCUGAAGAGGUAGAAGCGAAGUUCAAGCGGUAUGAGUAUCAUCCAGUCUGUGCUGACCUGCAGGCCCAAAUCCUCCAGUGUUAUCGCCAGAACAGCCACCAGACCCUCAGCUGCUCUGCUCUGGCCAACCAGUACAUGCACUGUGUCAAUCAUGCCAAACAGAGCAUGCUGGAGAAGGGAGGGUAAACCACCUUAGAGAACAUGCAAACUUCUUCAACAUUAAUUCCAGAGGUGGAACAUUUUUUUUUUUCCCUAGUAAGAAAAAGAACCCAGUUACAGAGAAGACCACUAAAGAGAAGGACCGGAAAAUGGACUCAACAGAAUCAUGUCAUGUUUUGAUCAGCAACAAUUUGAAAGACCAAGGCCUGGCUCAAGGCUCAGUCAUCCAAGGACGCUGUCCAGUGUUAUUAAACCCCACUGAUGGUGAAUAAAAGACAAGGGCGGCCCUCUCCACCUUUUUGUACUUUCUAUUUUAACUUCCACUAACCACAAAAGGCUUCCCGAGCCACCAAGCUCCACUCUUUGGUGAAACCCCACUCUCACAGAGCCUGGAGGGUAUCGGGAGGCCGAGCUUAUCAUAGUGGAGGGGAGAGACAGCAAAAGAGCCACCCGAGCUCAGAGCCUCGAUGGUGCUGGGGGGAGUUGUCUGGACCUGUCUGGGCUGCAGCUAGUUGCUUCCACUCUCUUCCUUUUCUUCUUUGAUUUAUAUGAGAAUUUAUUUCAUUUUAACUUAUUAGGGUGAUCAUGCAAAUAAGAAGACAGAAAGGAAAAAAAAUGUCCCCUUUAACUGGAAUAAUGUUUAUGAUUACAAGUGAAAUAAGGCAUUUUCACCAACAUAAAGGCCACCUGGCUUAUGCAACCUCUGUCAUGAAUACUGACAACUUUACUUUGCUCACUAUCAAUAAUAAAUAUAUUUUCUGACAAAGACUGGCAUUGUA